CACAGUGGGUGUCUGCUCAAUUGCCUAAGCUGGUUUACAGAGGCAAGGGGCGUGAUCAGGAAUUUGGAGUCCAGCCCCUGGAGCUCCGACCCAUGGACCACAGCGCGGCCGAGGGUGAUGGGCGUGGCCGGGGCGGUGCUUGCCAGGAAAUGGCAGCGGUCGCAGUGUACAGCGCCAAGCGGAGCCUGCGGGCAGAGCUGAAGCAGCGCUUGCGGGCCUUGAGUGCGGAGGAACGGCUGCGUCAGUCUCAACUCCUCACAAAGAAGGUGAUUGCCCACAGUCAGUAUCAAAAUUCCAAAAGAAUCUCCAUCUUUCUGAGCAUGCAAGAUGAGAUCGAGACGGUAGAGAUCAUCAAGGACAUUUUCAAACAAGGCAAGGUCUGCUUCAUCCCUCGGUACCAAUUCCAGAGCAACCGUAUGGACAUGGUGAGGUUAGCGUCGCCUGAAGAAAUCGCUUUCCUUCCCAAGACAUCUUGGAAUAUUCAUCAGCCUGAUGAGGGAGAUGUUUGGGAGGAGGCCUUAUCCACUGGUUCCAGACACAUUGCAGACACAUGCAUGGAGAGUACCAAGCUCAUUCUUACGUCAGUGCCCUGGCACAUAUUAAGCCAACUGCUAAGAAUUUCCUCUUCACCUCAUCCCUGGUACUCAGCCUUCAGAUCUGCACUUAGGUGCCAUGCAGAAGAUGACCGUGGCAUCUGCUCAUCUGCAUUUGCUUUCAGCUGAGGUUCUGAUUCAUCUUUGCAACUGUCUUACUAACCUAUGAUUGUCUGAUUUACCUGUUAAAUAGGAUCUGAGCAAUCCAGAAGAGAAGAUGAGAAGAUGAGAUGGUGGCUAUCCACAGGCCACCAGCUUAAGGAAGUCACCAUGAGCAGCUUCGUGCCUUCCCAGGGGGAUCUGCUGUUACGUGUCUACUUCAACCAUGGCCACACACUGAAACAUGCCAGGCUUCUCUGUCCUGCUGGUCUUCAGCCACCCUCUUCUUCCGGGGUUGGCCCUUCACUUCAUCUAUGUGUACAUAUUGAUAUGUGUGUGUGUGGGGGAGUGGUCAGAGGGAAACCCCAGGUGUCAUUUCUCAGGCACUGCCGACACCCCCACUCCUUUUAUUGAGACAAGGUCUUUCACUGGCCAGGAACUCAUAAAGUAGGCUGAGCUAACUGAAUCCCAAAGAUCCUUGACUCUCCACUGCCCCAGCACAGGGAUUGCAAGGGUCCAUCACUAGAC